UCCCCCGUAUAAGCCUACGUCACGAACCUACGCUAGAGGCCUACGCGAGAAAACUCUCGGUAUUAGCACUAGGUAGGAAUCAACGUAGUGAGCCUACGGAUUCGGACUUUCCGUCAGAAUCGACCUGCAAGAACCUGACGUACGAAGCCUACGUACAACCUACGGUGUGUCGACCCACGCACCGAACAACGCACCAAAUCUCUGGAUCUGGUCUCGCAGAUACAAAUCAUCAAAAUGGCAGGACAAAGUGGCAACGAUACCGACCAGGCGAUGACAGAAAAGAAGACACUCGACGCUACCGUCAAGGCGAAGAUAAAAGAAUAUACGAACACAGCGUUCAAACAAGACUUCGAUAAGUGGACUUUGAAUAACUUCAAUACCAUGUCCGUCACCGAACUCGGGAAACUAGUUGAUUUGCUUCAAACCAACGGUGUAUAUGUUACCAACGAUGAACAGGACGAUGAAGCUGAAAAACUCUAUACUCUACUCUCUACAGAAAAAUAUCGCCCAUGGACUAAGGAGGAAGUCAUUCGCCACCUCAGACGAGGCAAUACAAUUGAGUCGAAGGUGCUCAAUGAUCAAUUCGAAACAGUGAUUAAUACAUAUAAUUAA